GCUUCCUGUAGGCAGCGGGAUGAGCGCAGACAAAGCUGGGUGGGGACUCGCCGCUCGGGGCUGCUGCUGACCACCCUCCUCCUCCUCCGGCCGCAUCCCUCCGGCCCUCCCUCCUCCAUCCAUCCCUCCCUCCAUCCAUCCCUCCAUCCCUCACAGACGUCCAUCCCUCCAUCCCUCCGUCCGUCCGUCCCGCCGCCGCCGCCGCCCGCCCCGCGGGGCACCACCGCCCGUCUCCAGGUGGUGAGCGGCCAAGAGGAGCAGAUCUUCCCCUAGAGGCACAGAUCAGCGGAGAGACCGGCUUCUGCCCCCCCGGGGAGCGUGCCUGGCCUGCCCAUGGCUAGCAACAACACUGCCAGCAUAGCGCAAGCACGGAAGCUGGUGGAGCAGCUGAAGAUGGAAGCCAACAUCGACAGGAUAAAGGUGUCCAAAGCAGCAGCAGACCUGAUGGCGUACUGUGAAGCCCACGCCAAGGAGGACCCUCUAUUGACCCCCGUCCCGGCCUCAGAAAACCCCUUUAGAGAGAAGAAGUUCUUCUGUGUGAUCCUGUAAACCCUCGAGGAGCCUGACGGGCACUCAGGCCACCCUGAACACUGAUGUAGAGUUUUUAGGAAUGGGGACGACCUGCUAGUCCGCAGAAUUUAAACAAAAAAUAAGUAAAAUACACGGCCUGGAAGCUACAGAGAUGUGCAUGUUUUAAAGAACCUGGCCACCUUUGGGGGAAUAAGAUGAUCUGCAUUGUGAGGCAAAAGAUCUGAAGUCUGUAGAGUUGCCUAGAAAGAGAGAAAAAAAAAUAUGUAAAGAAUAAAUAUGUGUCACUUUUCUGCUCACAAAAUCGUUUGAUUGUUCCAUAUUCAAAGCACCAGAGCUGUGCUGAGCAAAGUAACUGCUAAGGAUGUGUAUAACCUUCUUGGAAUGAUAUUGUUGGUUCCUUUCCAAACUAAUAUUUUUUAUUUAAGUUGUCAGAUAUAUAGCAACAGGUUAGGUGACUUAUGAUGUUACUCAGUGUUUGGUCUUGUGCUUUUUAAUUUCUGGUGGUAGCACAGCAGGGGGGUUGAGUGGCCCCACGGUGGGUUUGGAGGGGACACUGGCAGCUCCUGCCUGUCCCCCACGUGCUGGCAGCUCCGUGUUCCUGGCAAACCCCACUUUUUUUACCAUUUUGUAUAUGGUUAGCUUUGGUUCUGCAAGUAAAAGUGAUUCAUGUGUCGUGGUUGGUGCUUCAUACCCCUGUGACGACGUUCGGUGGUAGUGCAUGAGAGUUUGUGUCCGUUCAUCCGCUCCAGACUUUUCUUUUCUAUCAUUUGGCUGGUGGAAGGAGCUGUAGGGAGGAGACUGAGGCGAUUCUGAAAGCAAGAGAGAACUCCUGUGAUGCCUUAGACGUGCCUGAAAUACCUCCUGCGAUAGGGCAGGUGCCAGAACCCGGGAGAAGGGGCUCGGGGUGGCCCCUGCCCCGGGCGUUGUGGGGUAGCUAAAAAUCCGAAAGUCAAAGUCAACCACUCCUUUCCGGGUCUUUCCUUUCUCCUACACCUCUGUGCCUCUGCCCUCCUCGCUUGGUCCUGCUCUUUGGCUUCCCGGUAGUACCUCCUUCCCUUGGGGCUGGUCUGGAAUGCUGCUCCGCGGUGGGAUGUUGCUCCGUGGUGGGAUGUUGCUCCAUGGUGGGAUGCUGCUCCACCAUGGGAUGCUGCUGCGUGGUGGGAUGCUGCUCUGUGGUGGGAUGCUGAUCCACCCUGGGGUGUUGCUGCACGGUGGAAUGAUGCUUCAUGGUGGAAUGCUGCCCCAUGGUGGGAUGCUGCCCCACCGUGGGAUUCUGCCCCAUGGUGGGAUGCUGCCCCACCGUGGGAUUCUGCCCCAUGGUGGGAUGCUGCCCCACCAUGGGAUGCUGUCCCAUGGUGGGAUGCUGCUUUUUGGUGGGAUGCUUCUGCCCCUUCCCACAUCCACCGAAUCCCAUUCCCGCCUCACCACGUUGGGAAGGGGCAGGGGAGCAGCUUGGGGAGCUGUGGGGCCACCCCUUCAUGGAGGUGCCUGAUACCCUGUUUACACACAACCUGAGCUCCCUGUCAGGCUGGGGAAUUAUUCCCAGCUCCAGGGGAAACACGGCACCUUUUUGGGCUCUGCCUCAGGUUCAUGCUUUCGAGGAUGUGGCUUGUCUGUCCUUUCCACUGCUAAACACCUCCUGGCUUCCCCUGCUCUUCUGCACUCCUGGGAAACUUUGGGAAUCAUAACUUUGGGAAUAACUAGGUGGGUGUCUCAUGGGGACUUGGGGGGGUCUGUGGUGACCUUACUAAACUAGUUCUGAACCAGGUAUCAGCUUAAUCCCUGUGGAUUCCAGAGGGCAAUAGUCUUUAGGUACCUUUUGGUGACUCUUUCUAGCCCGUAACAAGUGCUUUUUGGUUUUUCUACCUUUUCAUACUCUUUUUCUAGUCUUCUACGGAGAAGACCAGCUGUUCUUGACACUGGACUCAAAACCUUUGGCAUCUGGGAAUGUUUAUACGCCACGAGUAGCGUAGAUGGUCCCAGCCCUCCCACGGUGGCUUUUGGCCCCCCCUAACCCUCCAGUUUUGAUCUUUUUACUACAGCUUGUGUAGCUUUAGGAUGAAGGAUGGAUGAAGCCGUUUGCUCUGCAGCUGGUUUCGCUCUUGGUGUUACCAAGACAUGUAAAUACCCCAUCCUGGGUUUUUGUCUUUUCUUUUUAACGCUGAUUUACCGUCGCAGAGAGUGAAGCGCAGCCGGCCUGACCCGGGGCUCCCACCCCCGACCCUUCUCAAACACUGUCAUAAAGUGGUUUGUAAUAAUUUUUUUAAUGACUUGCGUAUUUUACAACUUGAAUUCUUAAUAACUGAACGAUGAAAUAAACCUGCAUGAAGAAUAUGGGGAGCGGGGGGGGGAGGGAAUUUUGAAUUAACCCCAAACUACUCAUUGAAGGUGUUUUAUGUUGCUGGGCUUUAUUUUAUGUUGGUAGAGGUGUUGACAUUGGUGUGCUGCCAGGUAUUUCACCCCAGUAUUUAUAUUUACACAGAUAUGCCUUUGUUAGCCAAGUAGAGAUCGCCUGCCAAGAUCAUUUUCCCUCCUCAACGAAAAUACCAGCCAUCCCUCCAUCCCGAUGCUGUAUUUCCAGCGUGGUGUCAAAUGACAUUCGACCCCCAGGCUUUUAAAAGAAAAAUAUCUGGAGUACUGGAAAAGGACUUUUUUUUUUCUGUCUGCCAAGGUUGCUGGUGGCGGGGGAAAUCCAUUCCUUGGGUGCCAAACCUGCCACUGCCAGGUUUUUGGGGAAGGGGUGGUUGGGAGAGGAAGCCAGGGCGGGGAGGUCGGCGUCGUGAUGUAGCGCAUCCCCCAUCCCACGUGGUCUGUGUACUCGUUGGAAAUAAACUUUUGGAUUUGUUUCAA